AUGUCCUCUCUCCCCAACAACAACAACAACACCAACAUCACCACUGGCAACAGCAACGAUGAAGAAUAUCAUACAAAUCCUCCCAAGCUUUUUCAUUCAGGAAAGAUCUUAAGGGAAAGAAGAAGAAGCAGACAUUAUGCUUCCGAGCUGGCGAAAUGGCCCUAUCCCACCACCUCGAAAUCAUCAUCAUCAUCUUUAACAACGACAAUUAAUGAUACUUCAUCACGACAAAUUGAAAGCAAGACUGGUGAGGAAUCACAUUCUGAAGAAGGUUAUUGGCAAACAAGAACUCGUAAAUUAAUUGCUCAACAUCAGGCAAUGAACAAAACGAAUACUGAAAUAUAUGGGCGAGUCGUUAUGAUGCAUCAACAAGUGUCCAAUCAUAAUAAUACGAAUAAUACUCACAUCCAGCAGAAGGAAAACAAGACUACUUCAAUCACUCAAGCUCCGAAAGAGAACAUUGCAAACACACACAAUAAUAAUGAGGAGAACCACCAACAUGAACCAACAGUGGUCAUCAAUGCUCAAUUAUUCAAAGGCUUGGUCUUCUUUUUCAAUAGCAUUCGAGGAGAAGGAAUACAUUCCCAGUAUCAUUUGACCAAGCUGGCAACUAUUCAUGGAGCAAUCGUGUUACCAAACCCCUCACGAAAAAGAAACCUCACACAUGUGAUUGCUUCGAAUCUUCCGAAUAGUAAGGUUGAACGAAUGGAAAAAAAGAAGCACAUUACCAAUACUCAUGUCAAGUAUGUCACCCCUCAAUGGCUGAAAGACUGCAUUUCAAAGAAUCGAGUGUUACCAGAGGCAAAGUAUUUAUUGACCAAUGGUGAGAAUGGACAGAAAAAGAUUAUGUGA